GAGCCCCCAUUCCUCCCGCGGCCCAACUACAAAGUGCUACAUAGAACAAGGGUCGGGACUGGCCCUGGGGUGUCUGAGGCGGAGCCCUGGAAACCAGAGCGGGUAGUCUGUUUCCAGGCCGGGACUGACGGGGACACAGCGGCUGGCGAAGGAAGACUGCCCCUCUGCAGCCGCCGUAGCCAAGACGGAAGCGGAGCUCGGCCACGUUUCUCGUCCGGUGGGACUCGGGCAAAGAGAUCCGGGAUGGCUGACGACGCAGGGCUUGAGAUCCAGCUGUGUUCGGAACGGUUCGGCUCCGGGGCUGCCCGGGGCUGCCGUGCUGUAGCCGACGGGAGCCUGCAGUGGGAGGCCGAGGAGAGGCGCUGGUUCUCCGGGGCCUUUACGGUGAAACCCAGAGGACGAAAUGGGGGCGGAGGGGGGACGCCCGGGACUGCCUCGCUGCCUCUCUCGGGUCUCCAGGCCGUGUUCCUGCCACAGGGUUUCCCCGACAGCGUCAGCCCGGACUAUCUGUCCUACCAGCUGUGGGACUCCGUGCAGGCCUUUGCUUCUAGUCUCUCGGGCUCCUUGGCCACCCAGGCAGUCUUGCUGGGCAUAGGGGUGGGGAAUGCAAAAGCCUCUGUUUCAGCUGCCACUGCCACCUGGCUCGUGAAAGAUUCAACUGGCAUGCUGGGCCGUAUUGUCUUUGCCUGGUGGAAGGGGAGCCAGCUGGACUGUAACGCCAAGCAGUGGAGGCUUUUUGCUGACAUCCUCAAUGACAUGGCCAUGUUCCUCGAGAUUACGGCUCCCAUAUACCCAAUCUGCUUCACGCUAAUCAUCUGUACCAGCAACCUGGCCAAGUGCAUUGUGAGUGUGGCUGGCGGUGCCACUCGGGCCGCACUGACCAUGCACCAGGCCCGAAGAAACAACAUGGCCGACGUAGCAGCCAAGGAUAGCAGCCAGGAGACGCUGGUGAACCUGGCGGGGCUCCUGGUCAGCCUCUUGAUGCUCCCCCUGGUGUCACACUGGCCUAGCGUCACCCUCGGAUGUUUCUUCCUCCUCACUGCCCUCCACAUCUACGCCAACUACCGGGCAGUGCGAGCCAUUGUCAUGGAGACCUUGAACGAAGGCCGGCUCCGGCUGGUCCUGGAGCACUUCCUUCAGAGGGGUGAGGUGCUCAGCCCCACUUCAGCCAACCAGAUGGAGCCCCUGUGGACAGGUUUCUGGCCAUUUCUAUCUCUGUCCCUGGGGGUUCCACUACACCACUUGGUCUCCAGCGUCUUGGAGCUGCAACAGCUGACUGAGGGACACCAAGAACCUUACCUCCUGCACUGGGACCAGUCACGAAACCAGGUAAAGGUAGUUCUGAGCCAGACAGCAGGCCCUGAGACUGUCCUAAGGGCUGCCACGCAUGGCCUGUUGCUUAGAGCCCUGCAGGGAGAUGGACCCCUCCCAGGAGUGCUGGAAGAGCUAAGGAACCAGGUGCGGGCAGGUCCUAAGAAAGAUAGCUGGGCCAUCGUCAAGGAGACACACCAUGUGUUGGACAAGUUGUUCCCGAAGUUCUUGAAAGGACUGCAGGAUGCUGGCUGGAAGACUGAGAAGCAUCAUCUGGAGGUCGAUGAGUGGAGGGCCACGUGGCUCCCAUCUCCAGAAAAGAAGGUCUUGUGAGCAGCCCAGACCGAGGCCCAAGACCCAGGAUGGGAGCCAGAAGUGAGGACACUUUGACCACAGCAGGACAUAGGAAAGGCAACUUUAUUUUUGCUUAGAGGAAAGUGACUGCCAGGCAGAGAUGUGGUUGAAAGAAGGGGAGCCAGGGCCUUCCCCCCACCUCCUGCUUUGGCCCUUCUCUGGGGACCACCCCACCCCCCACUCUCUGUGAGGCUGAGCCCUGGCCUGGCUCAUGCAACUCCACACAGUUGCCUCAGGCAUAAAAGCCCCAGAGGAAGGUGGCCACUGCCAUCAUGAGCAGGGCGUUGAGGUUGACAACCCGGGCCCAGCUCGGAUUCUCACUGAUGUCCUUCAGCCGCCUGGCUGCCGCAGCCACCUCCUCCUGGGUAGGGGGUGGAGGGCUGCCUGCCCCACCCCUGUUCAUUCCACAGAACCAGAGCAGACACUGGCAGAACCGGCCAGUGGCCAGGGGCUGGGGCUCUGGGUGAAAUUGAGGCCCCGUGGUUAGCAUGAGGAAUUGGCUCCCCUGGCUCCCCAGCCCCACCCACCUCCUUGGGCAGUGCCUCACCCUCCAUCUCCAGUGCAUGCUCUGGGCGCCCAUUCUGUACAGGGGGUGAGGCCGGGCCUUCAGGCUCCUCAUCAGCAUCCAGGUCCUCCCGUUCCUCUGUGCUGUGCCGGAGACUGAAAACCAGGCGGUGGAGCUGGGGAGGGGUAGGAACAGGGACCAGGUGGGAGUUCUGACCCUCACCCCCCAGACCCUAAGUAAGGAAGUUCUCCUGUCCACACUGGCACACCAGCCCUCUCCCUGCCCUCCCCAAUCGACCCCUGUUCGGCCUGCACACCUAGGAGCAGCUCACUCGAGUUUGACUUUCCCUGGCUGCCCUUCACCCUCAGCUGGGUAUUUAAAGGUUCUGGCCCGGCUUACUCCUGUGCUUCCUGGCCCUAAGGCCUCUUGUCUACACCCAGAGUUGUAGUCCUUCAAACUCUCCUCUACAUUCCAGCCGACAUAAUUUUCCUUCCUGUGAGUAUUUGCUCCCACGUUCUCUCCUGCCACCCUCCCUUCCUUCUCCACCUGUGCAAUCCUGCCCAGCCUUUGGGCACCCAGCUCCUUUGUCCUGCCCCCAGUUAGAUAGCAGCACAAGACCAAACCCUUUUGUAAGCUUUCGGGAUGGUAUACUCUGUCCCUCUCUGCCACCAGUCAGAUCCUGCUGUUUGAGUCCCAAAGGUCAUGUCAGGGAUUAGCUUUGGGGACUUUAAUCGCCUCCAGGAAAGUCUUCAGGCCACCGACCCCCAAACCACCUCCAAUAAAUAGAUCACUUAAAAUAAA